AUGUGCUACCAGUGUGAAUCAAGUGAAAAACGACUUCACAAUGAGAUUGAAAAGAGACUUAGGCAUGAUAAAAUACUGGCAAGGAAAGAAGUCAAACUUCUUUUACUUGGCACAGGUGAAUCUGGCAAGUCUACAUUUAUGAAACAGAUGAAAAUCAUUCAUGAUAAUGGAUUUAAAAGAAAAGAACUGGAAUCACAAAGAAAAUACGUGUUUCACAACACCAUAUUUAACAUGCAAACAAUUCUCAAUCAAAUGGAAACUCUGUCUAUUCCACUGGAAAGCACUGAAAACCGAGCACACGCUGAGCGCAUUUUGACGUUAAACAUUACUUUUGAGAAUGCUUCUCAGGUCUUUCCAGGCGAUCAUCUGCCUGCUGAGUUUGUGGAGAGCAUCACCUGUUUAUGGCAAGACCGUGGUGUACAGUCAUGCUAUAACCGGCGCAAUGAGUACCAUCUCUCCGAUUCGGCGGGCUACUUUUUCUCCGAAGUGGCUCGGUAUGGCGAACCAGGGUACUUGCCAAACGACCGGGACAUGGUUCGCAUUCGACUUCCCACAACAGGCAUCGCUGAGCACUGCUUUCUCAUUAAACGAAUCUGGCUUCGCAUCGUGGACGUCGGGGGACAGCAGAAUGAACGAAGAAAGUGGAUUCACUGCUUUGACUGCGUCAAGGCGAUCAUUUUUCUCACUGCAAUGAACGAGUACGACAUGUACUUUGAGCAUGAUCACCGAAACCAUGGCAUGACGCGAAUGCAGGAAUCGCUGGACCUCUUUAAAGUGAUCUCUAGCAUCAAAAUACUAGCCAAUGCGUCUUUUAUUUUGUUUCUCAACAAAAAAGAUCUCUUUGCGGAGAAGAUCGCCAAAUCACCACUGAAGGACUUUUGGCCAGAGUACGACGGAGCGAAUGAGAUGAUCGAAGGGGGCAACUUCAUUCGACAGCUCUUUGUGACUCAUGCAUUCGGUGGAGCAGAGCAGUCCAUGCCGAGCUCAACCACUGCCAAUGGCGCCAGCAAUGGCGCCUUGUCGGUAAGGGCAGCCCGUGUUGAGCCAAGGCCAAUUUAUGCUCACUUCACUUGUGCCACUGAUACUAAAAAUAUCAAAUUUGUCUUUGAUUCGGUAAAACAUGCCAUUCUGCAGGAAAACAUUGGCGAAAUUUUCCCUGAUGCGAGAUUUUAA